GAAACGUUUUAUUAUUAUUUAAAAAGUUUUGCAUUUGUUUAUUACUCUCAACAGAUACUCUUGGAAUCAAUUUCUAACUACCUGUAUCAUACUGAGGUCAAGGUCAGUGGGCGAGGAACAUCGCCAUUUUGGACAACCGGUGGUUUUCACUUCCUUCUUUGUCGGUAAAAAAAAAUUUGAUAAAAUGACUGACUCAAAGUACUUUACAACCACCAAGAAAGGUGAGAUCUUUGAGCUGAAGGCUGAGCUGAACAGUGACAAAAAAGAAAAGAAGAAAGAGGCAGUAAAGAAAGUCAUUGCCAGUAUGACAGUAGGAAAAGAUGUCAGUGCUCUAUUCCCUGAUGUAGUGAACUGCAUGCAGACAGACAAUCUGGAGCUGAAGAAGUUGGUCUACUUGUAUUUGAUGAACUAUGCCAAGAGUCAACCAGAUAUGGCCAUAAUGGCUGUCAACACCUUUGUGAAGGAUUGUGAAGACAGUAAUCCCUUGAUCCGUGCUCUAGCUGUUCGAACUAUGGGCUGCAUCAGAGUGGACAAGAUAACAGAGUAUCUGUGUGAGCCUUUGAGGAAGUGUCUGAAGGAUGAAGACCCAUAUGUCCGAAAGACAGCAGCAGUGUGUGUGGCAAAGUUGCAUGACAUCAAUGCUGCUCUAGUGGAGGACCAAGGCUUUUUGGAUCUGCUGAAGGAUCUGCUGUCAGAUUCCAAUCCAAUGGUUGUAGCUAAUGCCAUUGCUGCCAUCUCUGAGAUCCUGGAGACUUCACACAAUGCUGCAGCAAUCCUUGAAAUGGAUGGAUCCACUGUCAACAAGCUGCUUACUGCUCUAAAUGAAUGUACAGAGUGGGGCCAGGUGUUCAUCUUAGAUUCUAUUGCUAACUACACUCCUAAAGAUGACAGAGAAGCUCAGAGUAUCACAGAGAGAGUGACUCCCAGACUGGCUCAUGCCAAUGCUGCUGUAGUGUUAUCUGCAGUCAAGGUAAUAAUGAAGUUGAUGGAAAUGAUGGAUCCUACCAGUGAAUUUGUGACAUCUUUAAUCAAGAAACUUGCCCCUCCUUUGGUAACACUUUUGUCAGCAGAACCAGAGAUUCAAUAUGUAGCCUUGAGGAAUAUCAACUUGAUUGUGCAGAAAAGAUCUGAGAUUCUGAAGCAUGAGAUGAAGGUUUUCUUUGUCAAGUACAAUGAUCCUAUUUAUGUGAAAUUAGAGAAACUGGAUAUCAUGAUCCGUUUGACCAACCACUCCAAUAUAGCUCAGGUUCUGGCUGAGUUAAAAGAGUAUGCCACUGAAGUUGAUGUUGACUUUGUUCGCAAAUCUGUGCGAGCAAUAGGUCGUUGUGCUAUCAAAGUGGAGCAAGCAGCUGAGAAGUGUGUCAGCACUCUGCUGGACCUUAUCCAAACCAAGGUUAACUAUGUGGUGCAAGAGGCUGUUGUUGUCAUAAAGGAUAUUUUCAGGAAAUAUCCAAAUCAGUAUGAAAGUAUUAUUGCUACCCUGUGUGAGAACUUGGAUACCCUGGAUGAGCCAGAGGCUAGGGCUUCUAUGAUCUGGAUUAUUGGAGAAUAUGCAGAAAGAAUUGACAAUGCAGAUGAGCUGCUGGAAAGUUUUCUGGAAGGAUUCCAAGAUGAGAAUUCCCAGGUGCAACUACAGCUGUUGACAGCUAUUGUGAAACUGUUCUUGAAGAGACCAACUGAUACCCAGGAACUGGUGCAACAGGUGCUUAGCCUGGCUACUCAGGACAGUGACAAUCCUGACUUGCGUGAUAGAGGAUACAUCUACUGGCGUUUGUUGUCCACUGAUCCUGCAGCUGCAAAGGAAGUUGUGCUAGCAGAAAAACCUUUGAUAUCUGAAGAGACAGACCUAAUUGAGCCUACUCUGCUGGAUGAGCUUAUUUGUCACAUUGCUAGCUUGGCAUCAGUUUAUCAUAAGCCACCAAGUGCUUUUGUUGAGGGAGGUAGAGUUGCAUCAAGAAGAGUUCUUCCACCAAGAUCUGGAUCUGAGGAGUCAGGUGAAAUCUUGGGUGGUGGUGCUGAGGUACCCCAGCAGCCUGUCCAGCAGCCCACUACUGUUAUCCCAGGUAUGGACUCCCUGAUAGGAGACCUGCUGGACAUGGACCUGGGUGGUCCCCCCAUGCAGCAACAGCAGCAGCAGCAAGCAGCCAUGGUACAGCAGCCACCCCAAUCAUCUGGAAGCAUGGAUAUAUUUGGAGAUGGCUUAGACAGUCUGCUUAACCUCAAUCAACCCAGUGGUUUUGAUAGCAGUGGGGGCACAGGCCUGGCAGGACUAGGAGACAUCUUUGGUGGGAUGUCAGCAGGAGUUUCAUAUGUAGCACCUCAAGAGGUUUGGUUGCCAGCAGCCAGAGGCAAAGGGUUAGAGAUUUCUGGCACAUUCUCUAGGAAAAAUGGUCAAGUUUUUAUGGAAAUGACAAUAACUAACAGAGCCAUGCAACCAAUGGGAGGAUUUGCUGUGCAAUUUAACAAAAAUAGUUUUGGUCUUGUUCCUGGACAACCCUUAUCUGUGCCCCAGCCCUUAACCCCUAACCAAACAGCCAACACCAGUCUGCCCCUUAACACUUCAGGACCAGUGAUGAAGAUGGAUCCCCUGACCAAUGUACAGGUUGCCAUUAAGAACAACAUUGACGUGUUCUACUUCAGCACAAUAGUUCCCCUACAUGUGUUAUUCUCAGAGGAUGGGGAGAUGGACAAAAAGGUAUUCCUUGCCUCUUGGAAGGACAUUCCAGCUCAGAACGAAGUGCAGUAUACAAUAAACGAUGUGCAACACAGUGCAGAUACCACCUCACAGAAGUUAAAGAAUAACAACAUCUUUACAAUAGCCAAAAGAAAUGUGGAAGGGCAGGAUAUGCUGUACCAGUCUAUUAAGCUGACCAAUGGAAUAUGGGUUCUUGCUGAACUUAAGAUACAGCCAGGAAACAGCAAUUUUGUGUUAUCACUGAAGAGCAAGGCUUUGGAUGUUUGUCCUGCAGUACACCAGGCUUAUGAAAGCAUCAUGCAUGCAUAGCUUUAUUUAAUAUAAGAUUGGUGGAUUUGGACCCUAACACACUUAAUUCCUAUGGCAUGUACUCGGCCUGAUCUUAAAAAAAGAAAUUAGCAAACUCUCUCAGUGACAACCUAUUAUUCUCUUUUUCACAUACACUGGACUUUUAGCUAGACCACAGGGAAUGUAAGAACAGGACAGUCAUGAUAUGAUGAAUAACUAUCCUUGUUGUUUGAGUGUGUUGUUUGAUCUCCUAGGCGUGGCUUGCUACCAUGUUAAAAGCUUGAAGGAUGUGUAGUUCUUAAGCUCGUAAGAAAAAGUGUGUCUCAGCUUAGGCCCAUGGUGUGCUUUUUAUCAUAAUCAGUGUUGAUGUUGUCUUUAUAAUGUGAUUUCAGCUGUCUUUGAAGAGUAGAGCCAUGGAUGUUUAUCCUGCUGUACAGGAGGCUUACACCAGCAUAUUACGGAAUUGAAGAAGUUCUUCAUUUGGAAAUCCACUUCUAUGGAUAUGUAGGAACAGAUGUCUUUUUGGACAAAAUGAAGUGAACCUUUCGUACAAUUGAGUUUUUGGACAUUUAAAGUUUAGAACCUAGUUAAAACUGAAUGUAUAACAGUGCUAUUAUAUUUUGGUUACUGUAUUGCCACCAGUUGGAGUCUGUAUGUUUGAUAUAAUUAGGAACUAGCAUAUUUCUUUCUUAGAGAGCAUAUCACAUUGUUUGGUAUUAGAUAUAUGUGUGCCUUAGCAGUCCAAGCUUAUAAAAACUUAUUAAAUGAUCAAGUACCUAGAAAUUAAUGUGAUGUAAUAUACUAAUAAAAUUAUUCAAAAGAAA